AUGAUUGCAAGAACUCAAAGAAAGAAUUAUUUUCAAUAUGAACUCCCUAAUGAAGUUAUGAUAUAUGUUUUUACAUAUGUUAAAAAUCCUAUUAAUUUAACUGUAAGUUGUAAAAGAUGGUCUCUAAUAUGUAAAGAUUCUCAAGCAAAGGCAGAAUGGAUUAUUUAUCAAUUUGGGCGAGCCCAAUGCCUUUUCCACGCUGUUAGAUUGGGACCUAAGUUUAUCUCUGUUGAUGUCGCUCGCGCUAUUAUUUCUAAAGGUGGAAUUCUUUCGAGAUAUUUUGCGCAGCGUCUUCUCAUACACUACGGAAAUUAUGACCAAAAGCUUAUUGAAUUAAAGAUUGUUCAUAGUGUAGGACAAGCAGAUAUUGAUAGGAUUAAGAAUUUGCAGCAAAAAAUGAUUCCAUGGGCGAGGUGGGCUAAACCUGAUGUUAAAACUGUCAAGGCGCGACUUACUGAAUUAAUUGAUUUAGGAUUUCAAUUAAGUGAUAGUAUUAUUCUCGAUAUAUUCCACCUUUUUGAAAGUCGAUUGGAUGAAGUUGGAAAGAUUUUAAUUGACUCUUUUACAGGCAUUAAACAAGAAACACAAGAUGUUUUCUUACGUAGAUGUUUAGCCGUAUCACAAAAUCCUGCAAAAAACUUUACAAAUAUUACGAGUUUCUUUGACAAGUAUUUAUCCAACACAGCUGGAAAAGCAUCCGAUGAUGCUUUUAACUUUUAUUCAAGUAAUUUAAAGCAUCAAAAUCUCGAAUCUAUAGAAUUUCAAACACAAACACCUUAUUAG